AUAUGAUAAUUCGAGGUCGUAGUAGCGACGGCUCGUCGCCUGAAAAGGGUAAAUUUAAACUUUCCAGCAGAGCAGACAGUAGAUCCUGGAGACCUCAGAGCAGAAGCAAAUACGGAAAUAUAAUUGCUUGUUUGGUACAACCGGACAGGACAAAUAUUAUUAUUAUUGUUGUUGUCAUGAGUUUUGGAUCAAUCGUCAGAGAGAAGAGUGUCAUUGAGGGUUGAUCCAGCCCCAACUGACAGACAAGUUACAGAGACACAGAGAGAGAGAGAGAGAGAGAGAGAGAGAGAUUGUUGGGCUGAGUAACAGAAUAGGGGAAGCUGUCUCCUUUCUUCCUUGACAAAGAGAUCAAUCAAGCAAUCUUCAACAACAGGGAGAGGAGAUGGGGAGGCCAAAGUGUUACUUGGACAUCAGCAUUGGAGGGGAGCUGGAGGGGAGGAUAGUGGUGGAGCUCUAUGCGGAUGUCGUCCCCAAGACCGCUGACAACUUCCGAGCUCUCUGCACCGGUGAGAAGGGCAUCGGCCCCAACACCGGCGUCCCUCUCCACUACAAGGGGGUCCGCUUUCACCGAGUCAUUAAGAACUUCAUGGCCCAAGGUGGAGACAUUUCAGCCGGUGAUGGCACUGGGGGAGAAUCAAUCUACGGGUUAAAAUUUGAGGACGAGAACUUCGAGCUGAAGCAUGAGAGGAAAGGGAUGCUAUCGAUGGCCAACUCUGGCCCCAACACGAAUGGGUCCCAGUUCUUCAUCACAACCACUCGAACUUCUCAUCUUGAUGGGAAGCAUGUUGUGUUCGGGAAGGUAAUCAAAGGGAUGGGAGUUGUCCGAUUGAUUGAGCACGUCACUAGCGACGCAGGUGACCAUCCUACGAGGGAUGUUGUAAUUGCUGACUGUGGGGAAUUCCCUGAAGGGACAGAUUACGGGAUCUCAAACUUCUUCGAGGAUGGGGAUAUGCAUCUGGAUUGGCCUGCUGACCUCGAUGAGAGUCCCAGCGAGCUUUUGUGGUGGAUGGAUGUUAUAGACAAUAUUAAGAAAUUUGGGAAUGAGUAUUUCAAGAAGCAAGAUUACAAGAUGGCCCUCAGGAAAUAUCGGAAGGCUUUGCGCUAUCUCGAUAUCUGCUGGGAGAAAGAGGGGAUCGAUGAAGAUAAGAGUUCAGCCUUGAGAAGGACAAAAUCGCAGAUUUUCACAAAUACUGCAGCCUGCAAACUGAAACUUGACGAUCCCAGAGGAGCACUCUUGGACACAGAGUUUGCUAUGCGAGAUGGGGACACUGCAAAGGCAUUGUUUCGACAGGGUCAGGCGCACAUGGCACUUAAUGACAUCGAUGCGGCAGCUGUGAGCUUUUCAAAGGCACUGGAAUUGGAGCCAAAUGACAGUGGAAUAAAAAAAGAGCUUGGCGCGGCUAAGAAGAAGAUUUUUGAGAGACGGGAACGGGAGAAACUGGCAUACAGCAAGAUGUUCCGAUAACAUAUUUGCCAUAAUUUUUUGUGCCUCUCGAAUCCUAGGGCCUGAUCGGAUGAGACGCAAGAAACAACUCUACGAGUUUAAAGAAACGAAGUACGUUCACUUGUUCAAUGUGGGCUAUGAUUGAUGAAAUGCUUCUGAGAAUCCCUUCUGAGAAAAAGCUUUUCCCGAGCAUGGCCUUGUCCUACGCGACAAAUCAUAUUCAGCUUCAGAAGUAACAUCACUAGAGUUUUCGCACUUGAGUUUUGCAAGGUAAAAAGAAAGGGUAUUUCCUUCAUUGUCGUAAUGUUACAUUGGUUGAAUUGGUGAGUAAGAUGUCAGGGGCGUGUUGUGAAGUCCACAAGCGCAUAAGACUUGAAGGAAAUGAAUCAGAGUCCUAAAGGAAAGUUGAUUUGCUUGCAUUAGGCAACA